AUGCGCCCCUCAAAAGCCAACGCCUUUCAGCGUGAUGGACUCCUACGCCCCGGCCUGCGGGCCCUUACCGCACAAAGAGCCCAGAGGUGCGCCCAGAGGUGCGCCCUGAGCCUGGCAGCUCUGAAGCCGAGCAGACCCUUCCCCCCUUCCCCCAUUCCCCCAUUCCCCCCUUCCCCCAUUCCCCCCUUCCCCCAUUCCCCCCUUCCCCCAUUCCCCCAUUCCCCCCUUCCCCCAUUCCCCCCUUCCCCCAUUCCCCCCUUCCCCCAUUCCCCCCUUCCCCCAUUCCCCCCUUCCCCCCUUCCCUCCGCCCUUCAGCUCCUCGCUUUCCACCCCUUUCCCUUCCCUUCCCCCCUCACCCCCUUCCUCUUCCCCCCCUCCCCCCCUCCCCUCCUCUUCCCUUCCCCCCUCCUUUUGCACUCCCUCUUUGCAGCUCUGGAGCCGCAAGCCCCCCACCGUUCAGCUUACCCCCCCUUCCCCUCUCCCUGCUCCCAUCCCCUCCCCUCCCCCCUCCCCCUCUCCCCCCCCCCCUACCCGCGCCCCCCACCUCCCCCCCCAGCCUGGCAGCUGUGGAGCCGAGCAUCCACGUGGGCGUUCAUUCUUCCCCUUCUCUCCCUCCCCUCCCCCACUUCCUCCCCCGCCCUCCCCCCUCGCGCUUCCCCGCCCCCUCCCCAUCCCUCCCCCCUUUCCCCCUCCCCCUUCCCGCUCCCCCCUUCCAGCCUGGCAGCUGUGGAGCCGAGCAUCCACCCUGGCAGCUGUGGAGCCGAGAAUCCACCCUGGCAGCUGUGGAGCCGAGCUGCCACGUGGGCGUUCAUGGGGGGGAAGGUUCCUGGAAUCGGGGCGAGCGUGGGGGCCAAUGUGACGAUCCCAUGUGGCAGGGCUGUGCUUCUGGACGUGCCACGUGUCAGCCUGGGAUUGCUCAUCGUGAAGGGUUGGCUCAGAUUGCUGGACAAGCCAUUUGUACCCUCUAUAAGCGUUCAAGCCCGGUUCAUUAUAGUGUACGGUCGCCUAUCUGUGGGCACAGAGAAGCACCACUUCCGCUCCCAAGCCACCUUCACGCUCAUCCCAAACCUCAGGUUCGGGCGGUCCGAAUUCUUGCUUCGGCAGCCAGCUCCGGCCGACCCUGCCCACCCUCGCAGCCUCGGGCACAAGGCGUUUGUGGUGGUGGGCGGUCAGGUGGAUUUCCACGGCAUGCCAGGUGGCGGCAGCACGCCCGCAUGGGUCCGGCUGGCACAACGGGCCAAUAAGGGCGCGCGGCAAAUCACUGUAGAUGCUGACGUCAGCGCGUGGCCCCGAGGGGGCGUGAUUGCUCUGGCGAGCACGACACCUGAUCUGAAUAACGCCGAAAAAGCAAUCAUUACUGGAGUGAGGAGAACCGGCCCAUCCAGCAGUGUGAUAACCCUCCACCGCCCUCUGAAGCACUCCCACGACGGGGAGAGGAAUGCUGUGCGGGACGGGUUUGGAGGCAGCGUGGACGUUCGGGCGGAGGUGGCGCUGCUGACUCGCAACAUUGUGGUUCAAGGGGUGCACGAACAGCCUCCGUACCAAUAUGACGUGAGUGGGGGCAUGGUGGACGUUGGAGCAAAGGUGGCGCUGCUGACGCGCAACGUUGUGAUUCAAGGCGUGCACUGCACGAGCAGCCUCCUUACCAGUAUGAUGGCCAUUCACGGCGUGCAGUUCAAGGGGGUGGGGAUUCAAGCAGGCAGUCUGGGGCGAUACCCAGUGUUCCUUUCUCUUUGCCAACCAGUGCCCUUCUCCUCUCAGGUGCCCAUUUCAUGGUCUACAUGCCUCACACGCCCCAGACCAUUCACGGCGUGCAGUUCAAGGGGCUGGGGAUGCAAGGCAGGCAGCCUGGGGCGAUACCCAGUGCACUUGCAUGUGUGUGUCUCAUACUUCCCCACCCACAUCCCCCUUCCUCCCCUCCCUCCUCCCCCAGGCGGGCACUUCAUGGUCUACAUGACUCGCACGCCCCAGACGAUUCACGGCGUGCAGUUCAAGGGGCUCGUUGGGCGAGCAGGGCAGCUUGGGCAAUUCCUCCCCCCUUCCCCCCUUCCCCUUCUCACACAGGCGGUCACUUUAUGA